AUGCUGCAACGCCUGGAGCAAGUUGUCCUCUUAAUCUUUUGCGGUACCACUGAUGACUUCUGCGGCAGCGGAUGCCAGAAUGGCUGCGACGCCAUCAAAGAACCUACAUGUUCUGCAUCAUCUAGCGAGGCCGUCUACAUUGGCUACUAUGAAGGCUGGAACCCAACCCACCCUUGUGAUGUUGUCUUGCCUGAAAAUAUCAAUGUUGAUCCGUGGACCCACCUCUACUAUUCUUUCGCCGGCAUCAGUACGUCUGACUUUACCAUCACCACGACCCAUGACAAGGAUAAGGAAUACUGGCCAAGGUUCACUGCCCUCAAGAAGAAGAAGCCGUCGUUAAAAACGUACAUUUCUGUCGGGGGAUGGGACCUGGGAGGAGAGGUAUUUUCCCACAUGGUACAAUUUCCAGGGGCACGCAAGGCUUUCAUUAGUUCAGCGCUCUCGAUGAUGUCCGAGUAUGGGUUUGACGGAAUUGACAUCGACUGGGAAUAUCCCGCUGCCGAGGAUCGUGGUGGCGCAUCGACCGAUACCGAUAACUUCGUGACUUUUCUCUCCGAAAUGAGAGCCGCUUUGGGAACAGAGUACGGUCUUACUUGCACUAUACCAUCUUCCUACUGGUAUCUGAAAGGCUUCAAUGUUACGGGGAUGGAGCCCUACGUUGACUAUUUCAACUUCAUGUCAUAUGAUAUUCAUGGUACUUGGGACGGCAAAAGCAAGUGGACGAGUUCUGACGUGAACCCCCACACCAACCUUACCGAGAUCUCUUCUGGACUUGAUCUCUUGUGGCGCAAUGGAAUUGACCCUGGCAAAGUUCUGCUCGGCCUGGGGUUCUAUGGACGGUCAUUCACGUUGGCUGAUCCUUCAUGCAAUACUCCGGGGUGUCCCUUCAAUACUGCAAACAACAGCACUGGUGGGGGAGUUGCUGGAGAAUGCACCCAGACUAGUGGAAUCCUAUCAGACUACGAGAUCAAUCGCAUCAUUCAAGACUAUUCAGUCAAUAUUAAGUAUGAUGAGACAUCUGGAGUGAACUGGAUGACAUGGAGCGGAAAUCAAUGGGUCUCAUUUGACAAUGCUCGCACUUUGAAGCAAAAGGCAGACUUUGCCAAUAGCAAAUGUCUAGGAGGUUUAUUCAGCUGGGCUCUCGAUAUGGGUGGGCCUGGGUCUCUCAAGAAUCCGAACGAAAUGUCUUCUAGCGACACCGGCAUGGGUGGUGCCAAUACUGAAGGAGGAAGUGAUGGCACUGGUAUCGUCUAUGUGGGGCCGGAGGUGUUUACCUCGCCAACUGUAACUGCAAUAGCCCCUGUCGACAUUAUAUUUCCUCAGGAUAUCCUUGGCAGCCCGACAGUGAUUUCGCCCGAGUCGUACCCAACAAGCUUGGAGGUUGUCUGGAAUACCACGACGACCGUCACCUCGGGUACAUCCACUGGCGUCAGCACGGGAACAACCCGCUAUAUCAUGCCCACCAACAUCGCCGUGCCCCCAGUGACGAUCGGAACCAUCAGCUAUUAUAAUUGGAACAUCACCAAUCCACACAUAACCUCUGCACAUGGAACCUUAAUCCCCAGCAUCGACCUACCCCCCGUGACAGUCAUCGAUGACCCGAAUCCACUAAAUGAAACAGGCAUUUCUCACUCCCCACUGGGUACGCGGGUGAUCCACAUCCCUCCUUGGCCGUGGUCGACUGGGGGCACAGUAUAUCCGAAUGUCACUUUCAAUCAAGGCAGCCCUCCUGGUCCAACAUGUACUGCCAACUGUGGUCACAAGUGCAGCAACUUUUGCGAUGGACCCUGCCUAACGGAUUGCGGUAAAAAUAGCUCUUCGGGAUUUAUCGAUCCCUUGGAUACUGACCCACCAUCGGUAAACAAGUGCUCGGGCCCAGGAUGUGUCAAUGGAAAAUGCACAGGACAGGGGCUCUGUAUUGAGCGUGGUUGUACUGGCUCUGAUUGUCAACAUCGGGUGUGCGUGGGAGAGAACUGCACUCCUACUGCAUGUAGUGGGCGAGACUGCAAGGAUGGGCACUGCACUGGAAGCAAGUGCAAGGAUCAUGGCUGUAUUGGCACUGAUUGCAAUGGUUAUGACGAUGAGAAUGAUAGCGGACAUGAUAGCGGAGAUGAUAGUGGGGAUGACGGAGACGACAGCGGAGAUGAUGGGGAUGACGGAGACGACAGCGGAGAUGAUGGGGAUGACGGAGACGACAGCGGAGAUGAUGGGGAUGACGGAGACGACAGCGGAGAUGAUGGGGAUGACAGUGGUGAUGAUGGAGAUGAUAGUGGUGACGACAGCGGAGAUGAUGGAGACGAUAGUGGGGAUGAUGAUAGUGGAAGUGACGCUGAGGGGGCAUGCUUUGGCUUUGAAUGCCUCUCUUGGGGUUGUAUCGGCGUCGAUUGUUCUUCCUCAACGCAUACCUGCACAGGUCCGAAUUGCCGUGUAGUUAGCUGCAGUGGUCCGGGCUGCACGAACGGCAUAUGCAACGGAGACAAGUGCAAUUCAGAGGACACUGACUGUGAUUCAAGGGAGGCAGACAGAUGUACCGAGUAUAUCUCCAGCACUCUCGUUACUCCAGCCUCUACAUACUCCAUAACUACCGUUACCAGCCAAUGCUCCACUAUCACUGCAUGCUCAGCGAAUCCUUCCACAAUCACCAGCACAAUAACCGGAGAUGGCCUGACGGAGGGCACGAUUACUGCAGUGGACUCAACCGUGUCUGAAGACCCCGCCCUCUGGACAAUGAUACUGGACGACCUUAGCAGUUACUAUUCCAUGGCUUAUGACACUAACUCGUCGACAAGCACCAGCAGCACGUUCAGCACCAUGAGUACAUCUACGACUCAUUCGACGACCUCAACGACGACCUCCACUACUGCCUUCGCGUCGGAAACAGGCUAUAACUGUAAGGGAUCUUCGCGCUGCGGUACCUUUUCGAACCUACGGAGUUUCUGCGACAAGGCAAAGGAUGACCUAUUAGGCACGGUGACCUACGGCACCACUAAGAAAGACACAAACUCUGGAACAUGUUAUACCGACGGCAUGAACGCAGGAUUUGGAUGCGGUGUGUUUGUCGAGGGAGAUAACUGCGAAAUGACAGGGGCUGAGCUGGCAGCGCACUACGACCAUAUCAUGCAAUCCUCCGGUGGUGGUUGCAAGAUAUGUGGUCACGCUCUGCUAUCUAAUGGCUGCAAGGUGACAGUGAAUUAUGUGAGCCAUUGCCAAAAUACCGAUGGCAUCUUCCAGCCUGCUGUAAACGAUGGUCCGGAUGAGGAUGUGGAAACUUCUGCUUCUCUGAGACCUUCUCCUACUCCCCUGCCUACUACAAGCCACGGGGUAUUCAAUUAA